GGCUCCUCUCCGCUCAUUCACGGCCCCGGAGCGGAGCGGAGCGCGGCGGAGAGCGUCUCUCAGUCAUGGAGCAGCACUGAGAGAACAUUAACACAGAGGAACAGUCUCGCUCCGCGGCCUCGAACUACCACCUGCUAACACAGCAAACAUGUUUAGACACAUAAGACUCUAACUCCACCGCUCGCGGGAAAAGCGCGGCUGUUCGCUGACUCCCCCAUCCAGCGUGUGGCUCUUCCCACCCCUGCCGCCGUUCUCCCUCCGCGGAGCCGCCUGAGGCGCAUCUCCAUCAGCAAGGAUGUCCACGGAGGAGCCGCUGCUGGCCGAGGCCGGAGCCGAGUGGCUUCGGACCGAGCUGGAGCGCAUGUCGCGGGAGCUGAGCGAGACGACCCGGGAGAAGAUCCAGGCAGCCGAGUACGGGCUGGCCGUGCUGGAGGAGAAGCAGGGGCUCAAGCAGCAGUACGACGAGCUGGAGGCCGAGUACGAGGCCGUGCGCCAGGAGCUGGAGCAGCUCCGAGAGGCUUUCGGGCAGGCUCACUCUAACCACAGGAAGGUGGCGGCAGACGGCGAGAGCCGUGAGGAGUCUCUGAUUCAGGAGUCUGCGUGUAAGGAGGCGUAUUAUGAGCAGCGUGUGCAGGAGCUACAGGCUGAGCUGCGGCAAACACGCAACGUCCUCACCAACACGCAGUCUGAGAACGAACGCCUGGCCACCAUCACGCAGGAGCUCAGAGAGAACAGUCAGAUGGUGGAGCUGCAGAGGUCUCGACUCCGUGAUGACAUUAAAGAGUACAAGUUCCGUGAGGCUCGUCUGCUGCAGGACUACAGUGAGCUGGAGGAGGAAAACAUCACCCUUCAGAAACACGUGUCUGUGCUCAAACAGAGUCAGGUGGAAUUUGAGGGCCUGAAGCAUGAGAUUCGUCGCCUGGAGGAGGACACGCAGUUCCUGAACAGCCAAUUGGAGGACGCCAUCCGUCUAAAGGAGAUUGCAGAGAGGCAGCUGGGAGAAGCUCUGGAGACCAUCAAGACUGAGAGAGAGCAGAAGGCGGCCUUGAGGAAGGAGUUGAUCCACUACAUGAGCAUUGGGGACUCCAUGUACCACAAUCCUCUGAACAUCUCUCUGGACGGGCUGAAGUUCAGUGACGACGCAGCGACCGAGCCCAACAACGACGACCCCAUCCAUGGCUAUGAGAACGGCUUCGACAAGAUCACCAAUAGCGACGACAACCGCAUCUCCACACCCAAAAAGAGUGAGCUGUUUCACCCCGCCCCCAGCCUCGUAGACGACCUGCUGAGCGAACUCAACAUCUCAGAAAUCCAAAAGCUCAAACAACAACUUGUGCAGGUGGAGAGAGAGAAGGUGACGCUGCUGUCCACGCUGCAGGAUUCACAGAAGCAGCUGGAGCAGGCUAAUGGCGCUCUGUCAGAAGAGCAUGAGAAGGUCAGCCGCCUCACUGAGAACCUCAAUGCCAUGCGCAAGCUCCAGGUCAGCAAGGAGCGCCAGUCAGCCCUGGACAAUGAGAAGGAGCGCGACAGCAACGAGGAUGGAGACUACUAUGAGGUGGACAUCAACGGCCCUGAAAUCCUGGAGUGCAAGUACAAGGUUGCCGUGUCAGAGGCUGGUCACCUGAAGGAGGAACUGAAGACUUUGAAAGCAGAGUAUUCCACCUGUCAGUCGCAGUAUGAAGAAGACCGCACUCGUCUAGAGAGCCAGGUGGCCUCCCUGCGCUCACAGCUAAGCGCCCUGGAGCACAGCAGCCGGGCAGAACGGGAGCAGCUGACACGGCUGGAAAAGGAGCUGCGCCAGGCCAGUGAAGUGGCUGGCGAGUCGCAGGGCAGCCUCAGUGUGGCCCAAGACGAGCUGGCCACCUUCAGUGAGGAGCUAGCCAACCUCUACCAUCAUGUCUGCAUGUGUAACAACGAGACACCCAACCGCGUUAUGCUAGAUUUCUACCGCGAGGGCAAAGCAAACCCAACCGGCCGGAGCAGCCCUGAAGGUCGUGGACGUCGCUCACCUAUCCUGCUCACCCGUGGCCUCUUCCCCACACCUGAAGGAGAGGCCUCAUCUCCAUCCUCCUCCUCCCUGCCAUCCCCAGUGGCUGACCCACGCAAGGAGCCAAUGAACAUCUACAACCUGGUGGCCAUCAUACGUGACCAGAUCCGGCACCUGCAACUGGCUGUUGACCGCACCACCGAGCUGUCCCGCCAGCGCGUGGCCUCCAUGGAGCUGGGCCCUGGAGGUGACCGGGACCAGGAGGCCAGUCUGGAGGAGAUCCUCAAGCUCAAGUCCCUCCUCAGCACCAAGAGGGAGCAGAUUGCCACCCUGCGAACCGUCCUCAAGGCCAAUAAGCAGACUGCUGAGGUAGCACUGGCCAAUCUUAAGAGCAAGUAUGAGAACGAGAAGGCCAUGGUGACGGAGACCAUGAUGAAGCUACGCAAUGAGCUCAAAGCCCUGAAGGAGGAUGCUGCCACCUUCUCCUCCCUCAGAGCCAUGUUUGCCACCCGCUGCGACGAGUACGUUACUCAGCUGGAUGAGAUGCAGAGGCAGCUGGCGGCGGCCGAGGACGAGAAGAAGACUCUGAACUCUCUCCUCCGCAUGGCCAUCCAGCAGAAGCUGGCCCUCACGCAGAGGCUGGAGGACCUCGAGUUUGACCACGAGCAGUCCCGCCGCGGUGGAUCCGGCCGCACAAAGUCGUCCCGGGCAAAGUCUGUCCAGAACGCCACCCAGCAGUCCCAUUAAUGUUCAGCCUGCCCCUAAUUGAGCUGGGAAGUCGACAUUCCAUCACUGCCGACAAAUUCAGUCUGCCAUAAAGUUUUAGCCCAAUGGAAGCCACUGGAAGACAAAAGAAUAGUUGAAAAUGAUUGCUGGAUAGCCAGUCUACCCUCAUUCAGUAGUUUUCUCACUUUUUUUAAGCCUGUUGGAAGCCUGUGCUCACAUAGCAUCGAAACUCCGCCCAUAAGAAUCAUGAUUGGCUGUCCUAAAUUGGGAGAAAAAAGGAGUUUAAUAGACACUACUAACGGGCAGUUAUCCUGUUCUUUUUUAUUUUAUUUUAUUUAACCUGUGCACUUUUAAUAUAGGAGUAUAAUGCUUUAUUAUUAAUCUAGGGAAGGUUUGUAGUGCUUUGGUUUGUGAGUCAGUUCAAGUAUAUACUGUAUUCUACACAUAUAUACUGAUAGUACUAGAUUAUUCCAUAAAUGCACUCUGUAUACAAAGAACAGAGAUCAAACUCACUCACUUAUCCAAAUCUACUCCCAUUGCAAACCAGUCCUGUUGUAUUCUGUGAAAUGAAUCCACAAGCAUUUGUCAUUUAUAUUUCAUUUAUACUGAUCAUUUAAUGUUGUUUUUAUUGUAUUUGACACAUUUGUUCUACUGCCAUAUUCUAAAAACAAAAUCCCGGGUGGUCAGAUGCUGGGCUUUUUUUGUCUAUUUAUUAUUCUUAGGAAUAGUUCAAAGUGAACGUGGAGAAACUUGACGACGUUCUGGCUUAUCACGGUAAAGCGGGCUUCGGGAAGAGCAAAGCGAGCGAGGACAAAACUGCGUGGGUUUUGUUUUUCUUCCUGCCCUUCUUUACUCAAGCUUUCUAGGGAUCGCUGACUUCACGAAUUCUCCACGAGCGUAAUCGAAUCAAUUCCAAAUUGGAAUGGUCUCAUUCUCUCUUUGUUUAUCGUGCCAAGUCUCGGUACACCGUUUUUACGUUUGAUACAAAAAGGAAAAAAAAAGGACCGACAUCAGAUAGAAGGCAAAAGGAGUCGCGGUGGGUGCGGUCCCCACUUUCACACCCUCCGUUUGAUUUUGUUUCUUCUUGUAUUUUUUGUUUUUCGUUCCGACCAGUAGUGCCUUUCGUUAUUUCAAGAGAGAAUUCUAGUCUAGCUUUUAGUUUUUGUGGUUUUUCUGUUGCCCUGUCCUGAAGGUAAGGCAAUUGACCAAGCAUUUCUUACUUCAGAGGACACUUAGAAGCAGCAAUAAGUGCAAAAAAACACGCCAUCUGUUUUUGCGAGAGUGCGUUUUGUUAGUCAUUAGGUGAAUAAAAUUGAAGUUGUGGCGAAUUCUUGAGAACAGCGAUCCCAUUAGCAAAUUCAGGGGUUUUAGCAAAAGGUCUUUUUUAAAUCAAGUGGUGGGAAUCAGAAUCUUUUUGCCUCAUAAUGAAAAAAAAAACAAAAAAAAAACGAGAGAGAGAGAGAGAGAGAGAGAGAGAGAUACCACACAUCCAUGUGGCGUUUUUGCGGAUGGAGACUGGUGUAUCUAUAGCUUUUGUUUGGUGAAGGUAACGUGGUAUCGAUAGUAUUGUUGACAAAAAUGUGUGAACGCGAUUCCUCAUUUUGUCCAUUUUGAGUCUCACUUUUUGUUUGCUGUUUUUGUUUUUUUAAUACUUUUUUACAUAAUCUUUAUAUGCAUUGUGAUUUCAGGAAACAGAAAACAUUUUGCAUCAACAAGCUUGAACAGUGCCAUGAAAGUCACAACUGGUUUGUUGAGGCAUAAACGCAAUUAGCACAUUUGGGAUGCUAGCAAAAAAAAGAAAAAAAAAGAAAGAAAUUGAAUCAAGUGCAAUUCAGAAUGCUGAUUUACAUGGAGAAUGAGGUUUUCUGUUUGCUGGAAGCGAUAGCGUUGUGAUAUUCAACUAGCUGUGCGAAAUUGACAUGGUCAUAUUGUGUUCCAGUAUUGAUCCGCGAGGAGAGUUUGAUACCUUUAUAUUGAAAUAAUGACUUCAUCCAUAUGUUGGUAUUUAUUUGAAAUGUCUUGCAGUACUGUACUCUAUCAAUAACGUGCAUUAUGAUUAGUGGCAGAGGGAAAAAAACGAAAAAAAAAAACCAACUCAAAUUCAAUGUCAUAUGCAUGUUUUUCUUCAGUCAUGGAAACUUUUACACAGAACUGAAAACAAACGUAGAACUUUAAAGAGGUUAGGAAAGAAAAAUGGAAAAAAAAUUAUAAAUGGAAAAAAAAGAAAUGUUUAGCUAUUAAGUGACGUAUUACUACUGAACUAACCCAGAAAAGGUGUUGUUUUGUUUUCUGUAGAGGGUUACCUGCUCUGUGUAAAGGUAGUCAUACUGGUUAAAAUCAAUAAAUGGGACUAAAACGUCA